CAAGACAACAUGGAGGUUACAGCUCUCUGCUUCAGACUGUUGACGCCUGUAGUCAUUCUGCUCAGUGCUCAUGUUCAGAACAACAAUGCAGCUUUCCGUAUCGUUCCAACCAGACUGCAGCUCUUUGAGUUUGAGACUGUCUCUUUUCACUGUGAGGGUCUGGAUGGCUCCACUCAGCUGAGAGGGAUCAGAAAUACUGUGCAGUUCAUUUCUGCAUGUGAUGAGCGGAUGCCGGUGCUAUUCUGCACCAUCAAAAGAGCCUAUCUCGCAGAUGGUGGAGAAUACUGGUGUGAGACUGAAGGAGGAGAGAGGAGCAACAGUGUCAACAUCUCUGUCACUGCUGGUUCAGUGAUCCUGGAGAGUCCUGUUCUCCCUGUGACAGAAGGCAAGAAUGUCACUCUGCGCUGCAGGAACAAAACAACCUCCUCAAACAUGACAGCUGGUUUCUACAAAGAUGGCCUCCUCAUCAGGAGCAGCUCUACAGGAGAGAUGACCAUCCACAGUGUUUCCAAGUCUGAUGAAGGACUCUACAAGUGUCACAUCUCUGGAGCUGGAGAAUCACCAGAGAGCUGGAUGGCUGUCAGAGCUGGUUCAGUGAUCCUGGAGAGUCCUGCUCUUCCUGUGACAGAGGGAGACAAUGUGACUCUGCGCUGCAGAAACAAGACGGUGUCCACCAACCCCUCAGCUGAUUUCUAUAAAGAUGGCCUCCUCAUCAGGAGCAGCUCUACAGGAGAGAUGACCAUUAACAAUGUCUCCAAGUCUGAUGAAGGACUCUACAAGUGUCACAUCUCUGGAGCUGGAGAAUCACCAGAGAGCUGGAUGGCUGUCAGAGAUAGUGUCAUCUGUAGUGUUACAGCACAUACCGUUUCUGUCACCCCUUCAUCACCUCAUCAAGAGCCCCACUCUGAUGACGCUGGUGCCCCUCGUGUCCUCAUCCUCCUGUGGAUGUCCGUCACCAUUUUAAUGUUGGCUCUGGUGCUGGUGGUGGUUGGAUUCCUUAAGAUCAGGAAACACAAAGUUUCCUCAAAGAAACCAGACGCAGCAUCAAGCUCAGUCUGUGAAGAGGACGCUGCAGACGAUCCAAACGGUGUGACAUAUGCAAUCGUUGUCACAAAACCGAGAGAGGACACAGACGCUGCAGACACUGCUGAUAAUUUGAGCCUCAAGUCAAACCACAGCAGAAAACCACGCACAGGAGAAGAUGAAGAUGAAUCGUCAUUUCAACCUGUUUACUCUGCUUUGACCAUAAGUGAGACUCCACAAGCUCCCCAGCAAGAACCCGGAUCCAGCACCAAGGGGACCACGAGUCCCACAGCAGCCAAAGACCCAAGUUCAACAGAGCAGGAACUUCUCUAUGCUCCUGUCCGGAAGGCCACAGAGAGCAGAGACACCUGACUGAAUGAAGACUCUGUGCUAAUGUGUGCAAGGGAAGAAGAAACGGAUCAUGAUUACUGUUGUGUUGUGCAGCUUUGUGUUUAACUUAUGUGUAUCCUUUUUUUAUAAACAGUGAAGUUCAAUUGAUCUCAUAAGUCAGACAGUUUUAAAGAUAUUUAACUCACAGCAUCAGUUCCUAUUAUUCUACCUGCGAAAGCUAAACCACAUUGUACUAUCUUCUGUGUUCACACGUAUGAAGACUAAAUGAUAACUGAUAGUUCAUAUUUUAACAUAGAUUGUAAUUUUUCCCAGAAUAGUGUACAGCCUGGAAAUCUUAUGGGGUGGUUUUGUCUUGGUAAUUUAUGAAUAAACUGAACAUACAACACACAAUUUGCUUCUAGUGAAAAUUUGCUAUUGUUAUUUGCAGUUGUAACAUUCAGAAACAAUCUCUUUCAGGCAAAAGGGGCUGAGUAAACCAUAAGGCCAUGCAGUCAAAAGAAAUAAAAACAAUAACAUGAUUGCAGUCUUUUGACUGUCACAGUGCUAUAAUGUGAAC